GCUGGAACACUGAUGGUCUACAACUCUACUUGCACGGCUCAAUUGUAGGGCCAAUUUGAUAUGCAGAGACUACGGAGGAAUUUAACACCUAAAUUUGCGUGAAAGAUCCUGUUCCAUAGGAAAUGGAAAUUAAUUCUAAUGUGGCCUUCCUAUGUUUAAAUGUCAGAUAAAAUUUUCGAAUGAGAUUUAAACCUUCCAGAAUUUCUUAAAUUUUCGAUCAUUCAAGGUGGAGCUCAACAUCAGUCGCAAAAGCCUGCAGGAUGAUAAGCAGAUAUGAGCUUUGAGUUCAAAGGGGCUACCAGUGUUUCAGAACUUGCAUGUUCAGAGCCUCAGAGGUUGGAGCUGUGGCCUGAGGGAGGCAGGGAGCGCGUGAGAGGCGUCUGGCGGCGGCUAGUUCCGAGAAUCCGAGUCCUCGGACGACCUGGGCGACGAUUUCAUGAGACCGGCCAGGUCAAUGAAACGGGCGAAGCGAGAGAAGGCAGCGAAGGAGGCGGCUUCUCCGGGAAGCGCUGGCGCCAACAAGAAGGAGAUGGGUUCCUCCGGUUCGAGGCCCGCGAGCGCAGCGGCAGCGGCGGCGGGGGCGGAGGCGGUGGCGUACGUGGCGGCGGAGGAUGCCGACGCCCUCGAGUGCGGUGUGUGCUUCCACCCGCUCAAGCCCCCCAUUUUCCAGUGUGAUGAGGGCCAUGUGGUGUGCUCUCUGUGCCGUGACAAGCUCGCGCCAGCAGGCAAGUGCCAUGUGUGCGGCAUUGCCACGCGUGACUACCACAGGUGCCACGCCAUGGAGCGCCUGUUGGAGUCCAUCCGUGUCUCAUGCCCAAAUGCAGCCCAUGGCUGUGGUGCCAGACCGGCCUACUAUGAUCAGCAUGACCACUGUCAAACGUGUCCACACGCGCCGUGCCACUGCCCGGGCAAGGACUGCAACUUCCUUGGCUCGACAGAAGCGCUCCUGGACCACUUCACCAGUGCACAUGGUUGGCCUUCCACCACCAAGAUCAGUGCCUUUGAGACAUGCUGCAUCUGCCUCCGCGACGGAUUCAACUUCAUCCUCGCUGACUGCACUGAGGACGACGAUCAUUUAACUACCAGCAGCAGCAGCCGUCGGUACCUGUUCCUCCUGAACGUGACGCGGCAAUCACUUGGCUGCUCCAUCACUGUGCACUUCACCGGUCAUGAGUCACCCUCAGAAGCACUAAUAUGUGUGCUCGGGUACUCACGGGUACUUUAUGACCCUCGUGAUCGUCAUAAGUUCCUGGGCAGCCAUUCUCUGCAAUCUGAGAUCAAUGUGGAAUGCAUGGAUCUCUCCAAUGGGCUGCCCAACCCUGAGGACUGCUUCCAGUUCGUCGUGCCAGAUUCUGUUAUUAGAAAGAAAGACAAGAAGGAUGGUAUCCGCGCUGAAGUCCGUAUCGGCAUCAUCAAUCUGGAGUAGUUCUUUCUUUUUGUUAAUUAGGACCUCAUGUUGUCCACCACCAGUUUCUUUCUUGGUGGUUCUAUGUGCAUGCAAGAGUUGAUUUCAAGUCAAGUAAUAUGGCAAUGACAAGAGUUCCAAAACAACAGAAGCAAAAUGUCUUGGUUUGGACAGAAGACAUUUUUCUUCUGUUGUAGAGACUAACAUCAACAAAUCCCUUGAUUUGGAUGCUUAUAUGUUGAUGGAGAUAGUAAUAAUAUAAUUUAGAUGUUUUGGCUUGCCUUCA